AUGUCAUCAGGACUCACGCGAAGAAGAGGCGGCGGUGCAGGAGCAGCUGGAGGCGAGAAUGAGAAUGGAGAUUCGAGUCGUGUGGCCUCUCCUACGCCCAAGGCUGGCGGCUCCCGCGACACUAGCGGACCAGAAACUUCAUACGAGAACAGCGAGAAUGGACACAAGAUUGCCUUUGACCCUAGGGAUAUAAGUGAGAGCGCUGAGCGGAGCAAGCAGCCUAAGCUCACGCUGAUGGAGGAAGUGUUGCUGCUCGGAUUGAAGGACAAGCAAGGCUAUUUGUCAUUUUGGAACGAUAACAUAUCAUAUGCGCUUCGAGGAUGUAUUGUCAUCGAGCUUGCUUUCAGAGGGCGCGUGAGCAUGCAGAAGGAUUCGUCAAGGCGGCGGUUUCCCCUGGCCGACCGAGUAAUUGAGGUUAUCGACGAUACAUUGACUGGGGAAGUCCUCCUGGAUGAGGCGCUGAAGAUGAUGAAGGCCAGCGAGAAGAUGAGCGUCAGUUCGUGGAUUGACUUGAUGAGUGGUGAAACAUGGAACCUUAUGAAAAUCGGAUACCAAUUGAAGCAAGUCCGGGAACGACUGGCUAAAGGACUGGUAGACAAGGGCAUCCUCCGUACAGAAAAGCGAAACUUCCUCCUAUUCGACAUGGCAACACACCCUGUGGCAGAUGGAGGAGCUAAAGAGGAGAUCCGACGAAGAGUUAGAAAUGUCCUUACACAACGAACCGUCGUUCUUCCCGGAAGUCAAUUCCUCCCUGAAAAUCUUGAAUUUAGAUACACCCGAACGAUUGCGAUGGUGUGCGCGGCGUAUGCUGCUAAUGUGCUUGAGAAUGCACUUGCUACUUUGGGUCAUGAAGCUAGAGAGCGUGCUUUUGCUCAGGUUGACGAAUUGCUGGCAGAAUACAGUCAAUGGCCUUUUGGAAAGAGGACGGGUGGUGCCUCUGGAGGAGUGGGUGCGAACUUGGGACAAGUCAUUACAGAAGAGGUCACCAACGGCAAGGACAAAGAGUUGCAGCUUGAGGUCGUAGCAGCAUGUCUGAGCGUCUUUACACGACUGGACUCUUUGCUAUAG